AUGGUCUUGGAAAUGCUGAACCCGAUGCAGUACAACAUCACCAGCAUGGUGCCUGGCGCUGUGCCUGUGGCCGCCAUGCCCAUCCUGCUGCUCACCGGCUUCCUCCUCUUGGUGUGGAAUUAUGAGGACGCGUCUUCCAUUCCAGGUCCUAGCUACUGUCUGGGUAUUGGACCCCUUAUCUCCCAUGGCCGGUUCCUAUGGAUGGGAAUCGGCAGUGCCUGUAACUACUACAAUAAGAUGUACGGCGAGUUCAUGAGAGUCUGGAUCAGUGGUGAAGAAACACUCAUCAUAAGCAAAUCCUCUGGGAUGUUCCAUGUUAUGAAGAACAGUCACUACAGCUGUCGCUUCGGCAGCAAACUGGGGCUGCAGUGCAUUGGCAUGCACGAGAAUGGCCUCAUCUUCAAUAACAACACAGCCCUAUGGAAAGUUGUGCGGCCUUACUUCAACAAAGCGCUGUCGGGACCAGGCCUGGUGCGCAUGGUGACCGUCUGCUCAGACUCCCUCCGGGCACACCUCGACAGGCUGGAGGAGGUCACCAACGAGUUGGGCCACGUGGACGUGCUGUCACUCAUGCGGCGCACCAUGCUGGACACCUCCAACGUGCUAUUCCUGGGGAUCCCCAUGGACGAAAGUGCCUUCGUGGUUAAAAUCCAGGGCUAUUUCGAUGCUUGGCAAGCACUCCUUAUCAAACCAGACAUCUUCUUUAAGAUUUCUUGGCUGUACAGGAAGUAUGAGAAGUCUGUCAAGGAUUUGAAAGAUGCCCUAGAAAUUUUGAUAGAAGAAAAAAGACAGAGGAUUUCUACAGCAGAGAAAUUGGAAGACAGCAUAGAUUUUGCCACCGAACUGAUUUUUGCUGAGAAACGUGGUGAGCUAACAAGAGAGAAUGUGAACCAGUGCAUCUUGGAAAUGCUGAUUGCAGCCCCAGACACCAUGUCUGUCUCUCUGUUCUUCAUGCUGUUCCUCAUCACAAAGCAUACAAAGGUAGAAGAGGCAAUAAUGAAGGAAAUCAAGACCGUGGUUGGUGAAAGAGAUGUAAGGAUUGAUGAUAUACAGAAACUAAAAGUGGUGGAAAGCUUUAUUUAUGAGAGCAUGCGCUACCAGCCUGUGGUAGACUUAGUCAUGCGAAAAGCAUUACAAGAUGAUGUCAUUGACGGCUACCCAGUGAAAAAGGGGACUAACAUUAUCUUGAAUAUUGGAAGAAUGCAUAGACUCGAGUUUUUCCCCAAGCCCAAUGAAUUUACUCUUGAGAACUUUGCACAGAAUGUUCCUUACCGGUAUUUUCAGCCAUUUGGAUUUGGGCCCCGUGGCUGUGCCGGGAAGUAUAUUGCCAUGGUGAUGAUGAAAGUCACUCUGGUGACUGUGUUGAAGCGAUUCCGUGUGCAGACACUGCAAGGCAAGUGCGUGGAGAGCAUGAAAAAAAACAAUGACUUGUCCUUGCACCCUGACGAGACUGACAAUUUACUGGAGAUGAUUUUUAUCCCAAGAAACACAGACAAAUGA